AUGGGAUUAGAAGUCGAUCCCGCCUUCAUCCAGGCCCCCGAACACCGGCCGGAGCUCGAAUCCGUCGAGGCGGACAACGUCCCCCUAAUCGACCUCUCGCCCCUCAGCUCGCCGGAGCCCGACCCGGCCGCCCUCCGGCAACUGAUCGCCGCGAUCGGCGGCGCAUGCGAGAAUUGGGGCUUCUUCCAGGUCGUCAACCACGGCGUACCGCCGGAUUCUCUCCGGCGAAUCGAAUCGUCCGCCCGCGAUUUUUUCGCGCUGCCGAAGGAGGAGAAGAGGAGGGUGGCCCGGGACGAGGUGAACCCGACGGGGUACUACGAUACGGAGCACACGAAGAACGUGAGGGAUUGGAAGGAGGUUUUCGACUUCACGGUGCAGGUGCCGACGGUGAUUCCGGCGACUCACGUCGCCGGCGACGAGGGCUUGAAGGAGAUGGUCAAUCACUGGCCGGAAUAUCCUCCGAAAAUGAGGAAGAUUUGUGAAGAGCAUGCAGCAGAAAUACAGAGGAAGUCUGAUGGGAAGUGGGUUCUUGUUAAGCCCACCCCUGAUGCCUAUAUCAUCAAUGUUGGUGACAUUAUCCAGGUUUGGAGCAAUGAUAAAUACGAAAGUGUGGAGCACAGAGUGAAAGUGAAUUCAGAGAAAGAGAGGCUCUCCAUACCCUUCUUCUUCAACCCGGCAUUUUACACUAUGGUCGAGCCACUAGCCGAGCUUCUGAACGAUCAAAGCCCGGCUAAGUACAGGGCUUACAAUUGGGGAAAGUUCUUUACGACUCGAAAGCUAAGUAACUUCAAGAAACUUGACGUUGAGAAUAUUCAGAUACACCAAUUCAAGAAUUAG